GGAGUCCCACACACCGAAGACCCUGUAUUAACCAUUUUCCAAUCUUCAUUUCUCUCGCUAUACCCAAUCUCUCCAUCACCUCCUUCUCCUCCUCCUCUUCAAAUCUCUUACAUAGAUAGAUAGAGUUGUUCCUGUGUUGAUUCGAGUAGUAGUAGUGAGAAGUGGUCGAGCUAAGAAGCUUCGCUACCAGCCCGACAUGCCAUCUCGGUCCCUCCUUUUGGAACGACUAGUUGUCAUCCGCUGCCGCUCGCAAGCAGUCGAAGCCUCCUCCUGCCGUGUCCUCCUCCCGGAGAGCCGGGUUCUCUGGCUCAACCGCGUCACCGGCCUCAUCUUCUGCUGCCUUGUCUGUCUCCUCUUCCCCAAUCGUUAAGUACUCCUUCACCAUGGGCCUCAGCUCCAAUCAGGCUUCCGCCACCGGCCUCGACUGGUCGCAGGAUAUAUUGAGGAGUGGAGGGCUGGAGAUGCCGAAGCCGGUGAGCCAGGCGAGGAACCUGCAGCCGCAGCAGCAGCAGCAGAGGCAGCACUGGCCGCCGCUGGUGUGCCCGAGGUGCCAGUCCAAUAACACCAAGUUCUGCUACUACAACAACUACAGCAAGUCGCAGCCACGGCACUUCUGCAAGACCUGCCGCCGGCACUGGACCGAGGGCGGCACCCUCCGCAACGUCCCCGUCGGCGGCGGCCGCAAGAACAAGCGCCAGAAGAGCACUCCAACCACCUCCACCGCUGGCAACGCUUCUGCUGCUGAUAGCGAUACAAAUGCCAGCGUCAUAAAUAGCAGUCCGGUGAUGCCUCCUCAGCCUCAGCGGCAGCAGAAGCAGUCCCUACCGUUCUCCCGGGAUCAUAGCAGCAUCAUCUUUCCUGAAGUUCUCCGCCAGGUGCUGCUUCGCCCGCCGGAGCUGCCGAUGCAGGCCGAAUACGGCGUUGCCGGCAGCUUCAUCACCUCGCUGCUGGCAACUGAUCCCCUGCUGCCACCACCUUCUCAAUUCUCCACCACAAUGCCCCUCACCAUCGACUCAUACAGCAACAUCAUCAAUCCUUUCUCCUCCUCCUCCUCCUCCUCCUACCCUUAUGUCCCCGUUGCUGAGGGUCAGAGCCCCAGCAUCAACGUUACCAUGGGGAGCUCAUGGCAGGUCGCUCCUCCUCCGCAGCCCGUUCCAGAUCCUUCUUCAGCGUAUUGGAGUGGUUGGGAGGAUGACAUGGCCAGCUUUGUUACUACAGAGCUCAAACUUCCCAGCCGCGACAAAACCGAGCAGCCAUGAAGGAAGAUAGGAAUGUUUGUCCUUGUUGCUCCUUUUUUUUUCUAAAAAUCCUUGUUGCUCCUUUGGUGUUUACAAUUUAGGACGGUGUGCGCUAGAAUGCUACAGUGAUGUGCAGUGCUAUGUCAAGUAUCUUGUCAGGAUGUGAUACCAUCCUUUCGAGUGCGGUUUCAGCUUGUAGGGUUAAGUGUCUGUCCUCCUUUUAUCUACUUCCAUUGCAGUGUAGGCCAUCGCUUCUGUGGAUAAGCAAUAAUAAUCAGUUAGUGUGAUACAGUUGGAAGAGGAAAA